GCAGAGCCGGAGCCGGGGCAGCCGCUGCCGCCCGCGCUGCCCCCCGCCUCGCCGCCCUGCCCUGCCCGCCGUUCCCCUCCUCCGUCCCGCCCAAGCCAUGAACUUUGGCCGCGGUCCCUCGGUGGUGUUGAACGUCGGGGGCACCCGGUACUCCUUCUCCCGGGAGGUGCUGAAGGAUUUCCCGCUGCGCCGGGUGAGCCGCCUGCACGGCUGCCUCUCGGAGCAGGACGUUCUGGAGGUGUGCGACGACUACGACCGGGAGCGGAACGAGUACUUCUUCGACAGGCACUCGGAGGCCUUCGGCUUCAUCAUGCUGUACGUCCGGCACGGCCACCUGCGCUUCGUGCCGCACAUGUGCGAGCUCUCCUUCUACAACGAGAUGAUCUACUGGGGGCUGGAGGGCUCCCACCUCGACUACUGCUGCCAGCGCCGCCUCGACGACCGCAUGUCCGAGACGUGCACCUACUACGCGGCGGAGGAGCCGAAUGGCGGCCCCGAGGGCAAGGGCCGGCGGCCACCGGGACCCGAGGGCAGGAAGUGGCUCGAGAGGAUGAGGAGGACUUUUGAGGAGCCCACGUCUUCCGUGGCCGCCCAGGUCCUGGCCACCGUCUCCAUCCUCUUCGUCAUUGUGUCCAUGGUGGUGCUGUGCGCCAGCACCUUGCCCGAGUGGCGGGCGCCGGAGAAUCGCAGCGUGGAGGAGCAGAGCAGGUACACAGCAGAGUCAGUGAGGGAGCCCUCAGGGAUAAUUGAAGCUAUCUGCAUAGGCUGGUUUACUGCAGAAUGCAUUGUGAGGUUCAUCGUCUCCAAAAACAAGUGUGAGUUUGUCAGAAGACCUCUCAACAUCAUUGAUUUGCUGGCAAUUACUCCUUACUACAUCUCUGUUCUAAUGACAGUUUUCACAGGGGAAAAUUCACAGCUUCAGAGGGCUGGAGUCACCUUGAGGGUCUUAAGAAUGAUGAGAAUCUUUUGGGUGAUUAAACUGGCCCGUCAUUUCAUUGGCCUUCAAACACUUGGUCUGACUCUGAAGCGUUGUUACAGAGAGAUGGUGAUGCUACUUGUCUUUAUCUGUGUUGCUAUGGCAAUUUUCAGUGCACUUUCACAGCUUCUUGAAAAUGGGCUGGACUUGGGAACAAAGAAUAAGGAUUAUGCCAGCAUUCCUGCUGCUUGUUGGUGGGUGAUCAUCUCGAUGACCACAGUUGGUUACGGUGACAUGUGUCCCAUCACUGUACCAGGAAGGAUUCUUGGAGGAAUUUGUGUGGUUAGUGGCAUCGUUUUAUUAGCCCUGCCAAUCACUUUCAUUUAUCACAGCUUUGUGCAAUGCUACCAUGAGCUCAAGUUCCGAUCUGCUAGGUACAGUAGAAGCCUCUCGGCUGAAUUCUUAAAUUGACCCAACUUGCAUUCUGUUGUACUCACUUGCUAAGCUUUGUCUUAGAAGAGAACGGUGGAAGGUCCCUUCGCGUGUCCUCCUUGACUGGAUGGUCCUGUGGAACAACAUUCUCACCAGCCCGAAGAAAGCCCGUCACCAUUCAGACAGGAAGGAUGUCCAUCUGCCUUGAGCACCUUGCAAGGAGAGGGAGUGAUGUUUCAAAUUGGAGAGAACAAAAUUAACCAAAGAGGAUUCAGAAGUCCUCAACCAGACCAGUUUGGUGUUCAGUUUGCCUUCCCACAAAAAAAGCAGAACAAAAAAUGGGCGUAACACUGAGAUGUCAUUCCUGUAAUUAUGUCCUAAACCAUUCUAAGCAAUGUGUAGCAGAAGUUUUUCAAAUAUUCCAAUAUCUAAAUGCCUCACAGGGGCAUUGAUAGCUUCUUGCCUGAAGUAUGUCCACUCUUAACUCAGAUAACCAAAUUAUAUGCUGAAGGAGAAUCACUGCUACUUUUGUGCUUUGCAACGAAGUAGAGCUGGUUGUGUGACUCAGGAAAGAUAAAGAAUAUAGGUCUGUAGGACAAAAAGAACCUUGAGGCCUGAUUCUGACCUUUGAGGAAGCACACAAAUCUUCUGUAAACCCAGUGAAGUCAGUGGCAUUUCUCUGAAUUUGAGAGUUCACAAAGAAGUGCAAGAAGUGAACCUCCAAAUGUUGUAAGCAAGGACUUCUUUAGGUAUCAAUUAAUUUCUUCUCUGGAACCAAACUGUAAGUGGAAGCAAGCAUUGCAUUUUACAAAGAUCAGCAUAAGAAAUCAGGGAUUGAUAGAUAUAUAUUUCCUGGUAGGUUAGUGGGGGAGCUCUUCAAAUUUUAUAUACAUUCAGCUCAACUCCAUCCACCUGAAGUUACAUUCUCAUAAGCACAGAUUGUCCCUCCCUGAACUCCUCCCUGCCCCACAUAUCUUAAACAUAGGUAUCAUAGUGAGAGUUCUCUUAAGACAAAUUGUAAGAUUUCAUCAUUUGAAAUGGCCUGGAGCAAGCACUGGAAAACAAGAGUACCUGCUCCCUGUCAGAUGGGACUCUUCAUCAUCUUAAAUUCUCCAGUCCUUACUGAAGGAUAUACCUCAAUGGAAGUUUUAAAAACAACUGUAAAAAGUCCAGAGCAUACCAAAGAAAGUAAAAUAUAGAAGUGUGAGUUGCACUUGGCAAAAUGGUGUAUUCUCCAACGUUACUAGAAAAUGAAAACGAAUCAAGUCAGGUUCUGAAAUAUAGUUCACUACAUUUCUUGUGUAGUACUGCUUAAUAGCAUUGUUCAGUAUAAUUCUGAAAGGCUGCUAUAUAGAAAUGUGCAGUUAGAUACUAAAACACGUCAAGGUACAGCUUUAUAAAUUUGGGUACCAAUAAACAUCAACAGGGAGCUUUCAUGCUAACAUGAAAGUUCAGAGUCAUCAGCACAGCUGGAAUUUGUGUGCUUGCCUGAAAAUACUGCAUUUACUCUUACUGUGCUGUAGAGGCAUCUUUUAUCUUUUAUAUAUGUAACUGUGAAAGGCUUUAGAAGUGAAAUGAAUACCACCUAGAAAACACAUCCCUGAUAUUGCUCACUCAAAUAAACCUGCCACAUCUGUAACCAGUAUAUUGAAAGUUCUUCCCUGAGACCUCAAAGAGUCAUUAUUAUUUUAAAUAGUCUUAGUCUUAAGUAGUCUUUAAGAAAUACAUUGCAAUCACAGUUUUUCUGAAGACCUGGAAAGAAUUUUAGUAGCCUUCUUACAGACAAGCUUGACUUUCCCUUCAAGACUCCAUUGUUGAGUGCUGUUACAGCCAUCAACCUCUGUUUCUUGCCACUAGUAUGUUUAAAGGUUAGCUCUGUACUUCCCUACACUAUUAUAUAUUUAUGCCUUUUCUAUCAAAAUCAUGUUGCUCAGAAACCUGCUCCAGCAUUCCACAGAGAGGUGAAUAUGAGAUCAGCAAAAUUUCUUUCUUAAGUGAGAUUCACAGCUGAUGUUAGUUAGGCAAGUUGUGACUUCAGAGACACUUAGAUGUUUUACAGCCGUGGAGCUGCUGGCUCUGUAUUCCUGCAUGUGUACCUAUAUAUAUCCUGCAUAUAUUAUAUAUUAUAGUCAGUUGAAAUGUUUGGGGUUUUUUUAUUCCUCACAAAAAAUUUCCUUGAAAAAAUUAAAAUUACAGACUUUAAUCCAAACAUAGACAUUGAAGAAAAUGACAUUUCCAUCUUCUAAUGAAAAGUUAUUUUGACAAUAUCAAAACCAUUUAUAAGUAUAAAACUGCUUUUUUUUUUCUAUUUUGCUCCAAUUUUUAAAUUCUUUUAAAUUUAUUUUUUUAGCUAAAAUAGGUUAAAGACCCCACCUAAGAACUUAGCCCUACAGAUUUUCAUGUGCAGUUUUGAAUGCUUGGGAAAAAUACUGUUUGUCACAGAACCUCUUAAAACUUACUUUGUCUUUUGUCUAUGUAUUUUAUUUAAUCAAACCAAUACUCUAAGAUACAACCCUCCUCCACAAAACACCCAAACCAUCAUCAUGAUGACAACAGCCUAAAAUCCAUACAGAAUGUGAAUAUAAAGUAUGUUGCAAUCUUGAUUUCGAGACAAAAUAAAAUGUGUUUCAGCACAACCUAUAAAUCUAAUCUUUAGAUGCCUGUACAAAUGAAAAACAUAAAUUAAUGCACAUAAUAACUUGUGAAUACCAAUUUGCACCAUGAAUCAUUUUUGCAUAAGCAAUUAAGGACAGGAAGUUUUCAACGAUCCAGGCUAUAUAUGGUAUACAAACAAAAUGUUUCAUCCUUUAUGAAGUGGUUUUUAGAUGAAGAAUCCUUUCCCAGUGUAAAAAACAUAAAUCUAAUGAAAAUAACUGUGUAAAGGAGUAAGUCUGUAGAAAUUAUCUUAAGUCAUUCUAUGAUUUUUUGAACAGUUUGUGUUCAAUUUUUAUAUGGCAAAAUGUGAAAAGAAUGACCUAAUGUUCUUUUUUAAUUUGAGUUAUAAUAAAAUAUUUUCAAACUGCUGUAUAUAAGCCCACAAAGGAGAGAUCCUGCAGUGGGUUUUUUGGUGUUUGUUUGUUUGUGGGUUUUUUGGGUUAGUUUUUUUUUCUUUCUCUUUUUAUUGUUGUAUGGUUAUCAGUGUGUAGACUUUAUUUUCCUUACAAACCAAGUUGAAAUAAAGUAAUCUUCAUGGUAGCCUUAAAUCAGAAUUUUAUAGGGUAAUUAGGAUGCCUGACUUCUAGUAAUGUAUGUAAUCUUAUUUUCAACAGACCAGUGGUUUUUUAGUGAAACUUUACAAAAUAUUAAUUAUAUGUGAAGUCAAAAAUAAGCAUAUUUUAAAACAGUUGAAAUUGUUUUAUAGAAUUUUCUGGAAACUGUGUUUAUGCAGACAUGGGGUGCCGCACUCUAUUUCAAAGUGCAGCAUUUCAAAGCCAAAAGCCAAGUGAAGGCAAGCUGGCUCAUCUCUAAUCUCUCUAUGUUUGAACCCUAUACAACAAAAGACUUGAUGGGCAGUUUCUCUUGGAAACAUUCACAAAUUAGAUGAAACACAAAUAUAAUGAAACUGGAGAAAAAUGAAGACAGCUUGUACAAUUGUGAUCAAGCAUUUUGGUUCAUCUAAAAUGGAAACCAAUAUCAAUGACUUCUGAACUGCCAAGGUUAAUCAUACAUUAAAUACUAGGUUCAAAGCCCAGGACUGAUUUAUUGGAAACUAUAUAUUGGCUGUAAUCCUUCAAGGUACUGUGUGUCACUUAAAAGUACUUGAUCGUUAAUGAAGUCCCUGAAAUGGAAAGCUCUCUAGGGUAUUCUCCUUAUAAAGUUCUACAUGAACCAUCAUCCCAAAUAUCACAGUGAAUGGAAGAUUAUCCUUUCCCUUGAUGUAAAGCUUGAAAACAAUAUUGUCUUGAUGAAUACCCACCAAAAUAAAAAUUAGUUUGGUUGACUGAUGAUAUUAAACAGUCUUAUCAGCAUAGGGAUGAGCCAUAUAAAAAUGUGAUAUUAAUUUAUAUUGUACAGUGGGUUAAACUGGUGUGCAUAGCAGCAAGUUUGAGAAAGAUUAAAAUCCUGAUGAUGUAAGGUUCCUAUCUUGAUAUCCAUGAAUUUAAAAGAAAAGGCACAGCUUUUUCAAAUAAUGUAUGCAAUUCAUGCCUGUAAAGGAAUUGAUGUUCCUAUUCCAAAGUAAAACUGAAGUCCUUAUGGGUUCAAAACACUUGUCUCUCCCCUUUUGGGUAACAACUACAAAAAUCUUAUCAGAUCUGAACACGUUCCAGGAAGUGGACAUAGGCACACACCAGCCAGCUCAAUGCAGCAGCCAGACCCUGUCAGUUUCUUGGGAACCAGCACAACGAAUAAGGUCUGCUGUGCUCUGAAAAUUAUCUCACCUAAGAGGUUCAGGAUUACUCAAAGUUUUUAGAAUUAAUAUUUCAGAUGAGCUACUAAGGAGACACUUGCUGGAAAGUUAAAUAAGUUAUGCAUAGCAAAAAAAGAUACUGCUUUAUAAAAAAAGUUUUCACUGAAUUUAAAAAAAGGAAACUGGCUCUUAUUUUCUGUUCUUUUUGUAAAAGCAAAUAUGCAGGUCAGGAUAUGUGAUGAUAAUUAAAAUUGCUACAUGAAGCAGAUACCUGUUUAAAAUAUAGAGACUUAGUGUGAAAAGUCUUCUAGCUUUGCUAGAGCUGUAACAGCUUCCAGUAGCUGAAAAGCUGCCCCAGCCCACAUGGAGGAAAACAAAACACCGGUUUCACUGUAAAAAAGUGCAACACAAAUUAGGGAGUGUGUUUCAGACAACAGACAGGUUAAGCAUCAACAAGCUGCAGUGAGCAAUCAAGACUGACAAUCUGCUUGACAACAAAUGUUAAGAGCCACAGAAGAAGAAAAAUAUAAAUCUUUGGUCAAACUAAUAAAAUACAAAUGUUUGCAACUA